AGAGGUCGACGAGGAACAGCUCACCGAACCCAUGAUCCAGAAUUUGGUAAAACACCUUCCUGAGCAGGAGCAGCUGAAUGCGUUAAUGAAGUAUCAGAAUGACUACAACAGUCUAUCUGAGCCGGAGCAGUUUGGAGUGGUGAUGAGCAGUGUGAAGCGUCUGCGGCCCCGUCUUAACUCCAUCCUGUUUAAGCUGCAGUUUGAUGAACAGGUCAACAACCUCCGUCCAGACAUCAUGGCUGUCAACGCAGCCUGUGAAGAGGUGAGGAAGAGCAAGGGGUUCAGCCGUCUGCUGGAGCUGGUUCUACUGAUGGGGAACUACAUGAACGCUGGCUCCCGCAACGCACAGAGCUACGGCUUUGACCUCAGCUCCCUCUGCAAGCUGAAGGACACGAAGUCAGCUGACCAGAAGUCAACGUUGCUCCACUUCCUGGCUGCAGUGUGUGAGGAGGAGUUCCCAGAGGUCACCAAGUUCUCAGACGACCUACAGCAUGUAGACAGAGCCAGCAGAG